CCACUCACCGCCGAAGCGCAAGCGCUGGGAGCAAGAAGCGCUGGGAGCAAGAACACUACGACCUGGGUCGGGCUCAUACUGGAUUUGCGCCGCUGUGUCGCUCAUGCCAGUCGUGGCCAUCGUUGGCGCCACCGGCAAGACCGGUCGAUGGGCCCUCAAGGGCGCCAUCGAGCGCGAGCUCGAGGUGCGGGUGCUGGCUAGGUCUCCAGACAAGCUGGCUCCGCUCCUCGCGGACCUCGGAGGUCAGAGCGAGGACUUGGACUUGGAGAAGAUCACGGUCGUGGAAGGCUCUGUGACGGACGCGGACAAAUUGGAGACGCUCAUGGAUGGCGCCGAUGUGGUGAUGAGCUUUCUGGGCAUGACAAACCCGCCAGAGUGGGUGGUUUCGCCCGGCGUGGAGGCUGUGAUGGGCGCGCUGCUGUCCCUCAGAAAGGCUGGCAAGACGCCGCCGCGAUUCCUCAGCAUGUCCUCCAUCGUACUGGGCGACAGCGCCGAGCAGGGCCGGCGAGCGUGGGGCUGCUUUGUGGCGUGGCUUGUGCCGAAGGUUGCGCUCAAGGCCUGCUUCGAAGACAUGCAGGCGGCCGAGGACUACAUCCUCGCGAACCGCAAGGCGAUGGGUCUGAGCGUGACGAUUCUGCGAGCGACGGUGCUCAAGACGAGCAGCUUUGUCAAGGAUUACACAGACCCGGUCAAGACGUACAAGCUGGUGCCGGUGAGCGACACGGCCGCCAAGCUGUCCUUCUUUGUGGAGAUGCAGUCGGUCUGCGAGGCCUUCCUCGACGUCGCGACGACGGGGGAGUACGAGGACGCGGAGGUGAGCGUCUUUGCCGCCUGAUGGGUGCGGGGUGGGGCCGCAGCCAGCCGGAAGCACUGCGGCGCCGCCUUGAUUUCCCCGGAUAUUUCUUUUUG